AGUAUCGGAACGCAUGCUGUAAAAACAUGGCGGCGGCAAUUGUUAGUUCGGCUCGUCAGGUGGGGAGGCUAACAAAUGCUGCCAGAAGACUUUAUUCAGACCAAUUCCCGAAAAUAACAACACAUUAUACGAUACACCCUAGAGAUAAGGACCCAAGAUGGAAAGAUAUAAAUAUGGAGCGUAUGGCAGAGGAGACAGACAUCCUGAUCAUCGGUGGUGGUCCGGCGGGCAUGGCUGCGGCCAUCAGGGCUCGGCAGAUUGCAGAGGAGAAGGGAGCUGAAGUCCGAGUAACUCUACUAGAGAAAGCCGCCGAGGUCGGAGGCCACAUACUCUCAGGGGCCUGCGUGGACCCCAUCGCGUUGAACGAGCUCAUCCCCGACUGGAAAGAGAAGGGGGCCCCCAUGGACACGGUGGUCAAUGCUGACAAGUUCGGAUACUUGACUAAGAGCGGGAGGAUCCCUAUCCCUGUUUUACCAGGCAUGCCCAUUUACAACCACGGCAACUACGUGGUCCGGUUGGGACACCUGGUCAGAUGGAUGUCGGAACAGGCUGAAGCGGCCGGUGCCGAGGUAUGGCCGGGCUGCGCAGGCGCCGAGCUGCUCUACCGCGACGACGGGUCCCUGAAGGGCGUGGCGACGGGCGACGUAGGCAUAGCCAAGGACGGCAGCCCCAAGGACAUGUUCGAACGAGGCAUGGAAUUCCAUUCCAAGGUCACCAUCUUUACUGAAGGUUGUCACGGACAUUUAACGAAGAUGGUGUCCAAAAAGUACAAUUUACGAGAGAAGAGUGAACCACAGUCGUAUGGUAUCGGUCUGAAAGAGCUGUGGGAAGUCAAACCUGAGAACCACAAACCCGGCCUAGUAGAGCACACGAUCGGCUGGCCAUUGGACAAGAAUACAUAUGGCGGUUCCUUCAUAUACCACUUGCAAGUGCCCGAGGGCGAGGCACCCCUAGUGGCGAUGGGUUUCGUCAUAGGACUGGACUACGCUAAUCCAUACCUCAGUCCGUUUAAGGAGUUCCAGCGAUUCAAGUUGCAUCCAUAUGUAAAGCCACUGUUAGAAGGCGGGUCUCGGAUAGCGUACGGCGCCCGCGCCCUCGUCGAGGGCGGCUGGCAGUGCCUGCCGGCGCCCUCGUUCCCGGGCGGCUGCCUGGCCGGCGACACGGCCGGCUACCUCAACAUGCCGCGCAUCAAGGGCACGCACAACGCCAUGAAGAGCGGCAUGUUGGCGGCCGAGGCCGCGAUGGAUCUCAUCAUAUCGGGCGAGGCCACUCACGAAAAAGGCGUCGUUCCCUCUGCAUACGAAGACAAACUUAAACAGUCCUUCGUUUACAAGGAAUUGAAGCAAGUCCGCAAUGUGCGUCCCUCUUUCCACACGAAGCUGGGUCUGUGGGGCGGCCUGGCCUAUGGCGGCUUCUCCAUGGUCUCGCGCGGGGCCGAACCCUGGACCUUCAGCCAUGGAGGAGCGGACCACGCGAAACUAAAGCCGGCAAAGGAAUGCCAGCCUAUUGAAUACCCGAAACCAGAUGGAGUCAUCACGUUUGAUUUACUAUCGUCCGUAGCGUUGACAGGCACUAACCACGAGGGCGACCAGCCCCCGCACUUGACGCUGCAAGACGACUCGGUCCCCGUCAAGACCAACCUCGGCGUCUACGACGGGCCAGAGGCGCGCUUCUGUCCCGCAGGUGUAUAUGAAUAUGUACCAAUGGAAACUGGAGACGGACAGAGACUACAAAUAAAUGCACAAAACUGUAUACAUUGUAAGACGUGCGACAUCAAGGACCCGUCGCAGAACAUCAACUGGGUGGUGCCGGAGGGCGGCGGUGGACCCGCAUACAACGGCAUGUAAAACACA